CCCUCCCCAACUCCUCGGGGUAAUGAUGGGGGAACGGAUUGUGCACGUGGCGGGAACGUGAAGGCACUGAAAGGUCACACAAACGGCUCACUGGGAAGCUGGCAUCCUGACAGCGCCGUUUACCCCACAGUAGGGUACAAACAACUCCGGUUGCUAUCAGGGUAGACACCAAGAGCAGAGGUGAGCCCUGGCGCUGUGGCACUGGGCUGCGGCCUGCGGCGUGCAUGACGGGCUCCCGUCUGCUGCCACGGACAGAGCUGGUGCUGCCUGAGGCUCCAAUACCCCACUGGUCUGCCCCUCAGGCUUCCUUUUCUUUUUUUUAAGGAGGCUCGGCACCCAGUGUGGGGCUUGAACUCAUGACCUGAGAUCAAGAGUCUCAUGUUAUACUGACUGAGCCAAGCAGGCACCCCCUCCAGGCUUUUCUUGGCAGCAACACAAGACCUUAGUGUCCCUCUCUGUCUCACCCUCCCUGAUCCUGUUGGUCCAGCACCCCCACCCCACCCCCAGGCUUCUCUCCUGCUGGGCCCUGUCGCCAACUUCCAACUUGUAGGUGACUUUCAGCUGCUUCAGGGUGGGGCUGGAGGGUGAUGUGCCACCUCCUGGCUGAGGCUUUUGUCCCCCCUUGUGUGGGAGGGCAUGGAGGACAGCAAGCUGGGGGGCAGACUUGCUGUGGUCAAGGUCACAAGGAGAGGGGCCCCGAGGUGCCCAUAUAUCCCCCCUUUAGCUCAGGGUGGGUUCCUGGAGGUCAGGAACCUAUGCUGGAGACUUGUCAUAGCCCAGAGCCGUGGGGGCAGAGAACAAUCAGUGUACUCAGUGUCGCUCAGUCCCCGAGCUCGGGAGGCCGGGCCUGUGGGAGGUGGGCGCGAGGCCGAGACACCACACCCUUGUCAUCAGGGGUUCUUCCAUUCACAGGAAGCAGGUCAGAGAGACCAAUUUCUGGGCCGGCUUGGGGGAAGAAGCCAAGGCCCAGUAAAGCACAGGAAUGUCCCCGAGGCUUAGGCGGCCUUGUCGAGCCGGGGCUGGGAUUCGAGAGGGCGCGGCUGGACCACGGCUGCUGUGCCUGGCGGGCCCUUUGGGGCUGUAAAGGCCCCCACGUGCAGCCGAGAGCCGGCCUGCAGCAGCGGCCUCUGAGGGCCUCUGAGAUGGGCCGGGGCGCUGGGGAGCACAGGGGAGCACAGGGCAGGCGAUAUAACCCCCACCCCACCCAGGAGGAGCAUCCAUCCUCGGCGGAAGAGUGCGCCCCUCACCAACACUGGGGAGCCCGGCCUCCGUGACCCAGAGGCUGGGACUCUGACCUGCUCUGUGUGUCUCCCCAGCAUCUAUUGGUCCUUCCUGUCAGUCUCCAGGAGCAUGGCUAAGCUACCAACCGGACAGAACGGCUUCUCCAGUCUGGCUCCCCAGGAGGGCAGUAGGACGGGGUUCCUUCAGCUAUAAAACUGGAGUCUUAAUACUGGUCCCAGAAUAACCUGGGGUCUUGGCAGCAGACCACCGAAUCCAGGCUGGCUGGCUUAACCAGAGAGGCAUUUAGUCUAGACUGUUGGGAAGUUCACAGACAUUCUGGAGGACGAGAGAAGGAAGCUUGGGCCCCGCCCGGCCCUCCAGGAAAUGCCCCACAUCCCUAGCUGUCCUGGUGGGAAGGCUGGAGCGGCCACCACACGCUCUUACGUGGCACGGGCAACCCUCCCUCACACACAGACACACCCCUGCCCCCUCCCCUAAGAUGGAGACCCACAUCUUCAUCCAGCACUGCAUUCAUCUCCUGGGGUUCUGUCAAGCCUGUGUAAAAUCCUAAAGCCGCCACCACCACGAGCACCCUGAUAAAAAGUGGUAGUAGAAAGUACGAGGACAAAAAGGUAAAUUAACUUGUCUAUAAACCGUAAGGAUAUAUAAAUAGACAGAAUUUUAAUGUGUUUGAAGCCCUGAGAUAUGUGCAACAUUGUGUUUCAAAUUGAGAUGCCAGAUUAGAUGCAAAUUUUUCAAGGAUUUAUCUGAAAACGAGCUACAUGGCUCUUGAAGCUUUCACCCUCAUCAAAAAUAGAGAAAGCUGAAUGGCUGGAGGGGUUGGGGGGAAGAUGAUGGGUGAAGAGGAUUUCUCUGGUGUGGAGUUCAACCCCUGAGGUUGAGAGAGGGAUGUUUCAGUUACCUUUUGUCACCUAACGAAAUACCCCCAAAUACCACCAUUUUGUUUUCCCUCAUGUCCGGGGGUGAGGCAUUUAGGUAGGCCUCCCCUGGAUGGUUCUUCUACUCCCCCGUACGGGAGGGCUGGCUUCCAAGAGGGGUGUUCCAGUAAGAAAAGGCCAAAGGGCUCGUGAGGCCUAGGCUCUGGAACUCAGAGCAUCAUUUCCACUGAACGUCAUUGGUCACAACAAGCCACAGGCUCAGCACAGAUUUGAGAGGAAGGGAAAUAGACUACUUUUCCACAGAGAUGUGGUAGGAAAGUUGUAACUGCCUGUAAACCACCACAGAGGCCUCAGUGAAGAGUCCUUGGGGAAGUGAUCCAGGGAUCCCACCUGUAGCACCCCGCUAACAUUUAUCACUGUAUUCAGCAAUAUUAAUAAAUUCCCUGCGGAAGUCACUAGAUUUGGGACCUAGUGCUCCCCUUCCCCACCUUAUGCAGCUGCCACACCUUCUUUCCUGGAUAAUCAGGAUCAUUCCACCCACCCAACACCCACACGUCAGUUGGUCUCAGUGGCGUGAGGAGCCCAAAAUAUCCAGGUGGCAGCCUCAGCCUCCAGCCCCGCAGUCCCCUGGUGUUUCCUUUUAGGAAGCAUCCUUGAUUUGGGAUCCAAAGCCUCUAAUCCGGAGCCCAGAGUGUUGGAGAUGAGAAGCAAAAAUGCGGUGAGGACCGGGUUGUUGAGGGCUGCUGUGAGGGCCCACUGUCACCACAUCCCUAGGUGUCUGGACCCGUUACUCUGUCAGGGAAGCAGCAUGUCCGGUGGCACAUCCAGCAUCUGACGGGGCAGCGUCUGAACCAUCUCGAGGCUGGUGGUGGGGCCAGGCCUGCAGUGGGGUCUGCCACUCUUCGAUAAGGCCAGCUGCUGCUGGGCGUGGGGAACAGGAUAAGGUCAGCAGGUCUUGCAAGCACUGGCCCUUGGCCACACUUCUUUGUUGUCAGAGGGACUCCUCUGGCCGUAGCAAUGUUGUCAGAGGAGUCCCUUGGGCUUAGCAAUGGUGUGUGGGACGCUGGGAUGGGUGAUGGUGUUGGCGGAAGCAGGGCAGGCAGGGAGGAAGGUCCAUUUGCGGAAUGAGGGUCAGUUCCACAGAAGAUAAGUGGCGGUCUCUGCCAGGGUGAAGGGGUACAGUGGAGCUGACCUGCCAACCGGUAGCUGGCUUGUCACCCAACAGCUGUAGCCACAUCGGCCUGGGGAGGAGAAGUUCUCUUAUUGAACCCAUAAGUCAUCUUAGACCACAUGGCCCUUUGCUGGUGAGCAGUGCCAGGCAGCAAGGAGUACAGGCUGGCAGGCCGUCUUGUCUCCCUGACUACUGAGCUCUUUCUCAGGCCUGCGGCCCUUUGGACAACAGUCGCCACUCCUCCUGCCUCCUUUCCUCCACCUCUCUGACCCCUAAACAAAUGGUUCGCAAUCAUCCAUGAGUGAGUGAAGAGCCGUACCCCAGGCCAUCUCAUCUUCCGGGAAAUGUGGGCGAGCAGAUGUAGUCAACACUCUGCCCACCAGGAAGACGUCCUUUCUCCAUCAUCCUUCCCUGCUGAGUGGAUCACCAUGUCACCCUAGAGUAGGUAGGUGCCAGCCUUUCUUGCCGCUCUGUCUAUAAAUUACAUAGGAAUGCUUUUCCUCUCAGGUGGCCUUAGGAGCUCCCCACGGGGUCACAGGUAUGGGUUGAGAGGAAGUUGGCAGUGCAGCGGUUUCCAUGGGGGCCUGAGUCACUUGCUACACACUUACCUGAGCCCUCCAGACCCUCUAGCCCUGCACUCAGACAUAGCACGUGCACGUGAUGAUGGAGUGCUGCACACGCACGUACGGGCCUUUAGAGCCGGGGGAGAGGUUGAUACUCAGUGCCUGAUGGGCGGCAGAGGUCCACGGCCACCUGGUGUCCCACAGGCAUUCCAUCUCCAUGAGAGCCCACUAGCGAGCGCUAGCUCCAUGUCAAAAGAAAAGAUCUUUGCCAAAGGAAGCAUGCCUUUACCCAAAACCCAGGGAGACCAUGGAAUGUUCCUCCUGGGGAACUGCCAUUGGCCUGCAAGUCAUGCUACCUUGCCUGAAACACAACGUGUGCUCUUGAAUGGGCGCGGUCACGAGGCCCAAGGGGCAGAGCUGCUGGUCUGCCGCCCGAUGUGCUGCACAGCCUUUGCCCGCCCUCUGCAAAGCAAGCAGUCUCGAGCAGCGCACUUCGCAGUGGCGCACAGGAAGGCCUGGCCAACGCUUAUUUCCUUUUACAGGCUGGGAGUGCAAGGUGCCACAGUUUGUCUUUCAUUUCAGAGGGAAUAUUUUGACUUGGCUGCACUUGCAUAUGACAGAAACCCCAAAUAACAGCGGCUUAAUUUAGACAGAGAUAUGAGAAAUCUGGGCUAAGCAGUGGCUGGCACUAGUCUAGCAGCUUGGGGAGGUCAGAAUCAAGGUCUUUGGGGUUUUGUUUUUUGUUUUUUGGGGUUUCUUUGUUUGUUUGUUUUUGUGGGGGAGAGGUUGCCCUUUUCCUCACAGCCCCGAGGUAGUUGCUUUGGCUCCAGCCAUCAUGGCUUCAUUCCAGGCAAGGGGAAGGAGAACCUGGGUGGAAGGAGGAAAUGGUAGUGCCUACAUCAGGAAAGCCAACACUCUCAUGGAAAUCUCUGGGAGAUUUCUGCCUAUAUUUCAUUGGCCAGAACUGAGCUACAUUGACUGCAGACAGAAUCUGAAUUCUGUAGGUGAAAAGGCACAGGAGAGUCAAUACUGACGUGGUAUCCUCGGCCACACGUACCUUGUGAGGUUGUUUUGAUGACAGAAUGCACUGGUGGCCGGAAGGACCUAGCAAAACACCUGGCACAUGCUAGGCCCAGCAAAUGUGGGUGCGGGGGGAUAGCCAGCAGUUUCUGCUCCAAUCAUGCAUUUGCUUUCCUCUACCCUCCUCAUCAGAGGUACUCCUUUUCAUCUCCCCAUUCUCUACUCUAUAGAGACACCAACAGCUUCUGUCGUUUGGUGUCAGUGAGCAGAGGCAGAGGUCAAGAAAGAGCCGAAGGUCAGGGCCCUACCCAUCCCCCAGCUCCGCCCAGGAACCCUGGGCCCUGAGCUUCCCAGGGAGAAGCCUCGGUGGGAACAGGCCGCUCCCUUUCUGGCUGUGGAGAAGCCCUGGGUCAUGGGUGAGGCCCCCUGCAGUGAGAUCACACUCUCACCCGAAUAUCACACCAGUGGCACCUCUUCCAUUGGUGCUGGGAGCUCAGGAGCAAUGCCCACCCCCACCCCCACCCCUUCCCAGCCCAGGAAGCUGCAGGAGCCCUUCUGCCUCCUGGAAGAGUGAGCGCUGGGGUCCUGGGGAGCCAGAGCCAGGCACAAGGUGAAGGGGCCGGCCUGAGGGUAGGAAUAGGGGCUGCUUGAGGAGGUCCACCCUGGCAGUGGGGCUGGCAGAGUGCUGGCCAGCCCCUGGGCGCUCUGGGCUGAGGGCUAAGUGGCAGGUGGUCCUGGGGAAGGCUGAGAGAGCAGGAAGCAGAGACAGAGGACAAAGGACAGAGGAGAGAAGCACAGACCAGAGAGGCUGAGACCUUAAGGUUCAGGUUGAGACCAAGAAGAGAGAUAGAUCAGAGUGGGGAGAGAGAGAGAAUUCCAGAAGGAAGGCUCUGAGUGUCAGGUUGGGGAGAGGCAGGCAGAGGAAGAACGGAGCAGUGGGGGUGGCCUGCACUGUGGUUGGUCAGGCUGAGCUGAGGGCGGGAGCUGGGACCCCCAGGAUGGGGCCAGGCCCAGGGGUGGCGAGGCGCGGUGAGACCCCAGGCGCAGCCCGGGGUCCUGCUGUGAGGCUUCAGGAGUGCCACCAUGGCUGCAAGAAGCACCUGGGAGACAUCAUCAGCUUCUUCUUCCGCUUCAUCUCUGGGAACCUGGCUCGAGGUAAGGGCUGCUUUGACGGGACCUGCCAAGGGAGCAGAAGGAAGCGGGUCUGGGACUCAGGACUGCCAUGCCUGCCUGGAAAGGGGCAAGGACAAUCAGAGGGGACGAUGGCCCCAAGGGCAGAACUGGAAGGAACCCCCUGACUCAGAGCCCUGCCCCAGGCCCGCAGGCAGUGAGGGCCAAGCCAGGGCUCCCGUACUCUUGGGCCUGGGGAGGAAAAGGAGGUGCGAGGGGGCUUCCUUCUCCAGGCGCACAGACUCGAGCUCAGCCUGGGCUGGCAGGCAGCAGGAGGCUCCGGGCCCGCCCACCUGCUUUGCACACACUGACCUCCCUGCCCUGGCCUCACCUCUCUUUCCUCGCCUCCCCAGAGCCCCCUCCUGCUCCACCAAAGGGAUGUGUGACUUCAGCAGUGAGGAUGAAAGAAAGUGCCGGAUCGGUGACAGCCCUCUUUUUACAUCUAUAAAACCAACCAACCUGGAAAUUCAGGCAGGGAUACAACGGGGCAUCAGGCUCAGGCCUGGGGAGGAGCCCCAUGUGGGAGUGACAGCACAGCAGGCCAGGGCCCACUUCCGCUCUGCCUCCUCUACCCCUCAGCACAGUGGGCGCUCCAGGGCCCCAGGGCCGGGCAGCACCAAGAGCCAGCUUCGGCCAGCCCUGGGGCCCAGGAGGCAGGCACAGGGGGAGGGGCAAGCAUGUGUGGGGGCCCCAGUGUUUUCUUGGCAAGAUGAGCUGGGAAGGGUGGUGUCAGGAGCUCCAGAUGCUGAAAGGAGAGACCCUCACCAGCUCGGGGCUUCGGGGUCCUUUUGUCUUCUCCUGUUAUUAGAGGGAUAUGAAGGGAAUUUGGCUAAAGUAAUCACAUGAUUCUCUAAAGAGCUAGCCAAUGAAAUCCCCAACACAUAGACAUGAGUCAGUGAAGACAUGUGAUAUAUUGGCUUUUUAGCCAAAGAUAAAAAAUACUUCUGCUGCCCAAAGAUGCUCACAGACCCUGAGAGACAAUGUGCCCACACUGAGCGGGGCUGGGUUGAAAAGCCUGGCCUUUUGUCCCCUCUCUAGGGGGCGGGGACGUUGUCCCCUGCUCUGAUCCCCUGCCCUGACCGGAGUGCCUGACGCAAAGCCUGCUGCGUGAAAUCCUUGUCAAAUUCAUGAAUAAUAUUUUAAGAAGAAUAAAAACACAAAACCGAGCAUAUAAGCAAUCAUAUCAAUCAUCUCAAAAUCGGUCAAAUAAUAAUGGUUUCAAAUACUCAAAAGCAAUAAUAGAUUUCUAGUCAUAAGAAGACAGGAUUCCAAUCUAAUGAAGGUUUGCACAGGGAGAUCCGGCAGAGGUCUGAAUCUAAAGCAGGGAUGUCAACCUCAGGGCCCGUUAAGGGGGGACUCAGGCUAAUGUCGCUGCAGGCAGUGGGAGCCCAGGGUCACAAGCCAGCUUUUCAAAAGCAAUGGAAGUUCUGUUUCUGCUCCUGAUGCCCCUUAGCCCUGCCUCCCAGUUGCGGACCUUCCCCACCCGAGGCAGAGGCAGUCGUUGUGGGGGAGGAUGGAACUUUGCAGACGGUGGGCCACUCCUCUGGGAGGGGAGCCCCCUGGGGGUCAGGCCUAGUGGCAGAGGGAUGUGUAUGGAGUUUCCAAGUCUCUGGCCAUGACCCCACUAGCUGCUUCUACUAGUUGGUCCUGCUUGCUCCUGCGGGCCGGUGAUCCUGGGCAGCUCUCCCGCCCUCUCCUCCUGGGCCGGGCUCUUCAUCUGUCCUCGGGGAUGGAUGUGUGUCAUGGUGCCGGGGCACCUAGGAGAGUCAGCAAGACCCCUUGCUUACUGAGUUUCCGUGAAUGGGAGUCUUUAUUGCCCAGUAAUUUCAUGCACCUUUUUCAAACCUUUCUAUGUGCUCAAUCGGCUUGCAGACUCAUGGGGGCUUUUUCUCACUCCCUCUGUGUAGCUCUCUGUCUCAGUCUGUCUUGCAAGGAGGAAGGAGGCUGCAGGUCUGUGUCACCUAAGGGUGCAAUCUGCCUCCCUAGGCUUCAGGUUCCUCAUCUGACAAAAAAACAAAGACAAAAAAAAAAAAAAAAAAGAAAAGAAAGCACAAAGAUGAGCUUGCUGGCCUACUUCUGAGCUCCUUCCAGCUCUGGAUGCUGGUUCUGGUAUUCACAGUAAGCGGGGGUGCAGGGGAGCUGUCUGGGAGCAGGGAGCAAGGAGGCCAAGAGCAGGCUGGUGUGAGUGCUGAGAAGCUGCUAGAACACAACGUAUGGAACAAGCCCGAGGAGGCGCGAUUCUCUUGUCACCUCUGACCCUUUCCGUCUGUCCUGCGGGAUUGCCCUUCCCUGUCCAUGGGGGAGAUUCUGUGCAGGUCCCGUGGGCCUCUUCCCAGUGUUCGUGCGUCCUCAGGGAAUCCUGCCUGGCCCAGAUCAGAGCUCCAGACCCUUAUUCACUUUGGGGUCUCCCUCCUGCUGACUCGUCUCGGGCCAGAGGCUGGAGCAGGACGGCGGAGUGUGGGCAGGCUCCCGGGCAUCUCCACUACUUCGCCUUGUUUCCCACCUGGUUCCGGGGCCAGGCCAACGCCAGCUCCCUUCCUUUGCUCGUGAUGCCCCUAGGCCUCAUCUCCCAACUGUUGCGACUCCCCCUCUCCAGGCAGCACGAGGAGGAACAUUGAAGAUGGAUUCCCCAGCUCUCUUCCACAGGGUCCGAGGGAGCUCUGGGGAAAUUCACCCUCUGCUUCCAGGACCAUCACUCGGUGGGUGUACGAUUCCCUCCCCUCACCCUGGCUCCCUUUGGCCAUUGUAGCCAUGGCCAUCACCUGACCUCCUCCCGGUGUGGGUCAGACCCCCCCUGGCCCCAGACACAUGACCAGACCCCAACAGGCUUCCCAGAAGCCCCACAAUUGGACAGAGGACUAAAGCCCCUCGGUGUAGGAGGAGGGAAGAUACCUGGCAUGCCAACCAACCUUUCCAAAGAUGUUCUCUUUCUCUGCCUCAUCAAACUUUUCCUUCUCUGGCCCCUGGUGGGGUGAGGAAGGGUGAGUCACAGGGCCGGUUUCCUAGGCCCUUAGUAUGACCUGCAGAGCUGGUCUUGGCUGUUGGGGUCUCUGCCCAAACUCAACAAGGAAAGCCACAUUUAACACCUGGAUAUGAGACAUGGAGUCCACAUCAAGAUGGGGGACAGCCCUAUCUUCUGAGCCCCUCGCCCUACCCUGCAGCAGGUGCCCAGGCCCCAGGGCUCCCAAGGACAAGGCAUGGGGCAGAGGCGGGGAAGGGCCAGGAGCCAGGAAAGAGGGCUUGCUCUGCAGAUCGAGGCCGCGAAGCCUCGAGGUUCCAGACAAAGCUGGGCACAGCUGGCUUGCAUUGUCAAAGCAUCAUUCUCUCUGUGUUAAAAAUAUCGUUCUCCCACAAAUAGACAGUGUGUGUCAAGGUUCUAUUGAAGUACUUAAUAAGGAAAGCAGCAGAAUGACAAAGCGGAUUCAAAAGAGAAAGAAACAGGGAUUUUUAGAGAGGGUGAAAAUAAAAGGGACACUGAGAUAUGACCUCUCAGUUAGACUGAAACUAAGAAAGAUCCAGGGCAGUGAGACAGCCACCCACGGGGUUAUCUUCUCUGCCAGAGAGAAGAGGAAAUCAUCGCCUCUUAUCAGUUUUAUAGGCUUGUAAAAUGUCUGGGACCUCAUCACUUGUGCGCUCACUUCUCCCCUGCAGAGUCCAGGGCUCUGGGCAGGCGUUGGACGAUGCCCUAGCAGGACUGAGAGGCCCUGCAAUGCUCUCUGCGCCUUAUUCCCAUAGUUUUUAAAUAGAAUACCAUCUCUGGCACUCAUAGCUGGUAAAAGGUAAACUGAGGCACGUCAAAAAUGUCAAGAGUUUAUUUGAGCACACAUCAAACAGGGCAGCCCACCAGAAGGUGUGGAGGACUACUCCACACACAGGAGCUAGGGAAGGGUUUUAUAAGGAAGGUGCCGAAGUAAAGCAAGGAAAUAUUCCAUGGGUCGUGGCUGAGGGAGUUGCCUUAUUUGGGAAAGCUCAGUUGGCUGUUCAGGAUCGGUUGUUCUUAAAUUCCCUGGGGUUUGAGUUCGAUUGCAUAGAUCCGAGGCUUUAGAGCCUCCACAGCCCAGCAGCCUCCUUGUUUCAUCUCUUUAACAAUUCCCCGCAUUUGGUCAUCCUUUCAUACCUGAGGGAUUAACUGACAAUUUGGUAUUACUGCCCUCUCAGUCACCCUCAGGCUUCAGUUCUGAUCCUGUCAUGAAACACAGACUAUGAUGUCAGGCCAUGGAAGAAUCACUUUUGCUGUUCACCACAUUGUUCAUCUUGUUUCUGUUUCUCCGAGCAUAGUGAGACCAUCUGAUGUGCUUCUGAUGGCUGUGAGCAUGUAUUUCAGACCCUGGAGAGAACACAGUGCCCCAGGGAAAUCACAGUGAUAACUCUCAGGGAAAUAGUGAUGACAAGAGAUUGAAAUGUGCUCCUUCACCAGGGCACCCCCGAACCAAACCAGUUGGUAUCCAGUAAAUCAGAGAAUGUGUCUGCAGAGGCAUCAACCUGUUUCAGCCAAGCGGCUUGUUUGUUCAUUUCUUGUAUGUUAAUUUCUACUAGAUGGAGGCGUUGAUCCAGGUAUAGCAGGAGGUAAUUGCUAUGGUACAGACUCCUCCUUGCUCAGGCAACAAGUAAUCCAAAGCAAUUCUAUCAUCUAAAACCCCUUUAUCAGCUUAAAAUAAUGGCUAUGCCCAAGAGGCAUAUUUUGGGGUGGUCUAUUUUGCUGCCCUUUAUUCCCUGCCUUUGAAAUCCCUCCAAGAAGUUUCACAGUCUAGGAUUUGAGCUGGUAGAUAGUGCUGUCCCACUGAAUGCAUCCCGUAGUCCAGAGAAUAGGUCAGUUCAGUUAAACGGUGGUGUUCUGUUUCAGGAGGCGGUGCCCAGGGGGGUUCCCAAACCUAGGCCUAGAUGUGCAAGCAAUCAGGUAUUUAAUAAAAAGCAUUUCUAUGGAAGCAGAAGAAAAACAAAGGUUAAUGGUUAGAGAAGACUAUAAACCAGUUUCUGAGCCCAGAGGGAAGCCAGUCAAGAAGAUUUCUAGGUGUUGGGCUCCUAGAUGUAGGCCUCAAAGCAUCUUUUAUAGUUUGGAUGUCUCUGGUGGUGUGAUCUGUGUUAGGAGAACUUUCUGAGUAACAGGCACAAAGCUUAUCCACACAUGAGCCGUUGUGGUGAUUUCUCUAAAGUUUAUAUCUAGUUGUCUAGCAUUAAUUGGCAGGGCUUUGGGAAAGGAAAGGUUUUGUUCUUAAUGAGUCCAACUCAGAGAAAGAAAAUUAGAAACAUUCGUUUGGAAAGCCAUGGCCACAUAUCGGAGAAAAACUGGAAGAAUUUAGGAUCCAAGUCAGUUUACAGGUAGAUAAGAAACUUCAAAGACAACGAAUGGGACUGGAAUCUGAUAUUCACAAGGGUAUGUGAUAACUUUCUACAGAAACUAUGAUUUUACAGAAACUAAAUUUGCAGAAACAUAAUUUUUCUCUCUACAAUCACCCCAAUUUUUAGCAAAGAUAUUAUGACGAAUUUGUUUGCAAAGUUAAGUUGUCUCGUUAAACUUGGCCUGAUUAUUUAUAUAAGAAUGGCAAGAAUAGUGAUUUCAUGUAUAUCCUUAAAUAUAAUUUUCCAGUUAAAGCUUGGUGAUAUCUAAGGGACUUUAUUGGAUGCAUAAAGUCAUUCUUGGUUUAUAAGAUUUUUUUAAAGCCUCGUUAGUCUAAGAAGCCAAGCCAAGGGCUUGCCCAGUUGUGCCGUGUUACAAGGAGGGCAGAUGCUUACUGAACUUAUGCAGAAACCCGCAUUGUCGUGAAAAAUAAGAAUAGCCAAUAAGAGUUUCUGGAUCCUGGAGGAAUCAGGCAGAGAGAAAAAAAAGAUAAUAAUAAUAACAACAACAUAUUAUUAUAUUAUUAUUGUAUAUCAUCUAUAAUAAUAUAUAUAUUCUAUUUUUGUUUACAAAAGAAUACUUUGCCAAAUUGCUGUGUUAUAGAUAACUUUUUAAAAAAAGGAAAA